CUGCCCAAAGUGAGCGAGUAGCGACGAACUGGCGGCCAUUACGACGUAAUCGAAAAUGGCGACUCGUCUGCUAAGAGUGGGCUCCGCAUUGCGGACUUAUACCAACAAAACCAGCCUCGUAGAGACGCGGAAACAAUGGCAGUCUACGGCACCAUCUAUGAAAGAGAUGCUGAUCAAUCAACCACCAACGAGAAUCACAACUUUAGAUUGCGGUUUAAGAGUUGCGAGCGAAGACAGCGGUGCCCCGACAGCCACGGUAGGACUGUGGAUCGAUGCUGGCAGUCGCCUUGAAACUGACGAAAAUAAUGGGGUGGCGCACUUUAUGGAGCACAUGGCCUUCAAGGGAACCACUAAACGUUCGCAAACUGAUUUAGAAUUAGAGAUUGAAAAUAUGGGUGCUCAUUUGAACGCUUACACGAGCAGAGAACAGACAGUAUUUUAUGCCAAAUGUUUGUCGCAAGAUGUACCCAAAGCGAUAGAAAUUUUGAGCGAUAUUAUUCAAAAUUCAAAGCUGGGCGACGCAGAAAUCGAGAGAGAACGCGGUGUAAUUUUAAGGGAGAUGCAAGAGGUCGAAACGAAUCUCCAGGAAGUUGUGUUCGAUCACUUACACGCUAGUGCCUAUCAAGGUACGCCGUUAGGAAGGACAAUUCUUGGUCCUACUAAAAAUAUUAAAAGCAUUACGAGGAACGACCUUGUCGAUUAUGUAAAAAAGAGCUACGGUCCGCCUAGAUUUGUUUUGGCUGGUGCUGGUGGUGUAGAUCACAACGCGUUAGUAGCAUUAGCCGAGCAACAUUUUGGCAAAAUGCAAGGACCAGUCUACGACGAAAUUCCGCCUGUUCUAGUACCCUGUCGUUACACUGGUUCUGACAUUCGCGUUCGCGAUGAUAGUAUACCUCUUGCGCAUAUCGCCAUUGCUGUCGAAGGUGCUGGAUGGGCAGAUGCGGAUAAUAUUCCUCUUAUGGUCGCGAAUACCCUGAUGGGAGCGUGGGACCGUAGCCAAGGAGGAGGUGCAAACAGUGCGAACCACUUGGCUCAAGCAGCUUCGAUCGCUGAACUGUGUCACAGUUACCAAAGCUUCAACACUUGUUACAAAGAUACGGGACUUUGGGGGUUAUAUUUUGUGUGCGAUCCGAUGGCCUGUGACGAUUUCUUAUAUAACGUACAAUCCGAAUGGAGGAGGUUAUGUAUAUCAGUCACGGAAAAGGAGGUUGAACGCGCGAAGAACAUUCUCAAAACAAAUAUGCUCCUUCAGUUGGAUGGAACAACCGCAAUUUGCGAGGACAUUGGACGGCAGCUGCUUUGUUACAAUCGACGUAUACCACUUCACGAACUCGAAGCCAGGAUAGAUAGUGUAACGGCCAAAAAUAUUCACGAUGUUGGUAUGAAAUAUAUAUAUGACCAGUGUCCAGUGGUCGCAGCAGUCGGGCCAGUCGAAAACUUACCUGAUUACAAUUUAAUUCGCGGUAGUAUGUACAGUCUACGCGUGUAAACGCAUUUCUUUAAACAAACUUAGAACGAGUCGCCAGCAACAUCAUAUUUAGUAACAAAAAAAAAAAUCAGUAUCAAAGUGAGAUCACAAAUACUUGAAGCUGUCUUUCGUGAAUACUAAUCGUAGUAGAAAUUUUCUUAUAUUUAAUAUAUAAAUUGCAAUAUCAAAGACUAAGUUUUCACGAAUUUUUUAAUGGCAUUCUGUGAUCUUACUUUUAAUACUUGUUCAACAAUUAGUCCUUCCCCAUACGUGUAUUAUCAGAUUUAAAUAAAAUAAUAAAAUUACCAACCAUUAUCCUCUUGGUU